AUCCCUAACACAUUUCUUAUUCAUUAUAGGAGGUCUGCUAUCUGAACACUAUUCACAAUGUAUUUCAAAGUGGUUAUACUCGUCUGUGCUUGCAUCCUUAACGUAUAUGCGGAAUUCAUUAAUAUCGAAAAAGAAGACAUAUAUGAAGUUAUUGUUGGCUAUCAACUGCAAGGAGGAUGUGAUCAGUUGGAAAUCAGAUGUGCAAUGUGUGAGGUAGAUUAUGGUUGCAUUGACUUUCUAGACUGCUUACAAAACACUUGUUUGUACUGCGAUCAUGAAUUUUUUUCACACAUGUGUCCAAUGUAUGAUACUUUAACGAGAAUUCUAAAAGAAGGUGCGCUCAACUUUGGUGGGUCUGUUACUGAUAGUUUGCAGAAGACAUACAUGUUAAUACAAGCCGGUUUUGAACUUUGCCCAGACGGUUCAAUUAAUCUUUGUGAUAAUGAAUGCGUGCAAGUAGAGGAUGCAUGUAACCACAGAUACGCUUGUAUUUCUGAUGAGGACAGUCAUGCAAUUUUCGGGGUUUGUGGCGACAUCGUAGAUAAGCGUGCCCUGCCAUUCAACUUUUCUGUGUAGAAUAUGUUGAUGAAGAUAAUAGGAUAUUAACGAAUAAUAAUGACAUUUAUUUCAAUUUGCAUUAUGUCGGAAGUGCUUGCAAAUUAUGCUUAUUAAAUCUGUGAAAUUCAA